AUGCGCCGCCAACUCCCUCCCACCCAUCUCAAGGUUCCGCCAGGUCCCCAUGCGUUUCCACGGCAACAAUUCAUCGGACAAGAGACUGUUGUUGUAAACCACUACGCGGGAAUUGAAAAGGCAAUUCCAGCCAUACCGUCGCUACCGGGAUUCAGAACAAGUGCAGCUUUCCUCACUUCAUUGAGCGCCAAUCUCAGAAUCGACCCAGACCUCCCUUCACCACUACCCACGCCAACAAAUUUCCGUCUAAACACCUUUAUCCAACCAGUGCCUCCAACCUCACUAUCCUACUCAACAUCCACCGCCCCGUACAACCCCUACGUAUCUACCGCUGAAUCGCACGUCAUGUCGUCGACCGAAGCGAGUGCACCAGAAAAGGCAACUGCCGACGAGCUGCCCCAACUUUCCACCUACACGGCUGAAACCGAAGAUGACCGUAUUGAGGGCCUGCGCCUAGUCGCCGACUCGGUUGCACAACAGCGCCAGGUCGCCAGCAAGAUGAUGAUGUUCCACCCUAUCUCGCUAGCCGCCUACUUUGUCGCCGUGGCCAUUGCAGCACAGUACAUGCUCCGGUGGUACGAGGACAAGUUGAUGCUCGUCACCACCAUUGGCGGCAUCAGUAUGACUUUCCUAAUCUUCAUUCGCUGGAUGACUGGCGGCUACAUUAGCCUGGCAGAGGACAUCAACAUGGACUGGCUCGGUGAUGACAGGUUGAUUGUGGUCAAGUGGGGCGAAGACGUCAUUGGCUCUUUAGUCUUGGGUUGGGCAGACAACGAUGCCGCAAAGAAGCGUGGCAGGAGAAGGAGGGGCAAGGCCGUUGUGCGCGCUUGGACCGUCAAGCUCAAGUACCGCGGCAAAGGUGUUGGUGAGGGUCUUUUGGAAGAGGCAGUCAGGGUUGCGGGCGAGAGGGGCGCAGAUGGCAUUCUUUUCGAUCCCGACCAUGCCAACUCUAAGCGCAUCCUGCCUCUCAUCUUCAACGGAUUCAUCAACAAGCAAGAGGCCAAGGCCGAAAAGGCCCUGCAAAAAGUCGCAGACGCAAAGGGCAACUUUCGCCAGCGUCAGAGCUCCCCUACCUGGGGAAGCAGAUAG